AUGGAUGUCUUCAAGAAGGGCUUCUCCAUUGCCAAGGAAGGCGUGGUGGGUGCCGUGGAGAAGACCAAGCAGGGGGUGACGGAGGCAGCGGAGAAGACCAAAGAGGGGGUCAUGUAUGUGGGAGCCAAGACCAAGGAAAAUGUGGUGCACAGCGUGACCUCAGUGGCUGAAAAGACCAAGGAGCAAGCCAAUGCCGUGAGCGAGGCCGUGGUGACCAGCGUCAACACGGUGGCCAACAAGACUGUGGAGGAGGCGGAGAACAUUGUUGUCACCACCGGGGUUGUGCGCAAGGAGGACUUGAAGCCACCUGCUCCCCCACAGGAAGGCGAGACAGUCCAAGAGGAAGUGGACGUGGCUGAGGAGGCCAAGAAUGUGGGAAAUUAGAGGGCUGCAGGCCAGACCGCUCAGACCCCAUCAGUUCCUAGGAUGAGGAGUGCCCGGUUCCCCUGGAGUGUGCCCUGCAGGCUGCCCACGCUCCUUGCACCUGCACCUGCUAUGCUGCUGCCACCAACAUGCUUACCUCCCAUGCCCUCGGCCCCUCCGGCCUCUGGGCUUCCUAACCCCACAGAUGCUGCUGUGGAUUU